AUGGAUGACAAAAUACAAUCCAGGAACUUGGCAAUAGGAAUAGUCCUCUCACUUCAGAGUGCACUUGGAAUUCUGGGAAACUUCUCUCUUCUUUUCCACUAUCUACUCCUUUACUACAAUGAAGGCACAUUAAAGACUAUAGACUUGAUUCUUACACAUGUGUUCACAGCCAACUCUUUGAUCAUUUUCUCCAAAGGAAUGCUACAGAUAACGGGAGCUUUUGAGUGGAAUCAGUUCUUCAAUGAUAUGGGAUGCAAACUUAUUUUAUAUAUUCUCAGACUUGGCAGGAGUAUGUCCACCAACACCACUUGUCUCAUGAGUGUCUUCCAGGCUAUAACCAUCAGCCCCUGGAAUUCCUGUUGGAAGGAUCGCAUGGUCAAAGUUCGACGGCUCAUGGGCUUCUUCAUUUCCCUCUGCUGGGUCCUACACAUGAUGGUGAAUAUGAUUUUUCCUAUGUACCCAUCCAUCAGAAGGAAGACCAAAAACAUUACACAAAAAAGAAAAUUUGAAUUCUGUUCCUCUUUUCCAGGUCGUGAUAAUAUAGUAGAAUCACUAUACAUAGCAUUUUGGGUGUUUCCAGAAGUCUUACUUUCUUUGGUCCUGGUUAUUUCCAGCAGCUCCAUGAUUGUCAUACUGUAUGGACACAAGAAGCGGGUUCAACAUAUCCACAGUUGCCAUGUUUCCCCCAGAAACUCAUCUGAGUCCAGAGCCACCCAAAACAUUCUAGUCCUGGUGUGCACAUUUCUCACUUUUUAUACCCUCUCUUCCAUCUUACAAGGCUGCAUUGCAUUUUCUCAUAAUCCUAGUUGGUGGCUAGUUAAUAUCACAGCUAUCAUUUCUAUGUGUUUUCCUACUUUAUGCCCUUUUGUCAUUAGCUAUGAUAUCAUUGCUUCCAAAAUCUGUUUAUCCUGGGUGAGGACUAUAAAAUUACUGUAA